AUGACAGACGUGCCCUGGAAUUUGACCUACAGCUUUCCUUUCAACCAAAUUCCUGAGGCAAUCAUGGUCCGCUUCGGUAUUUUGGCCAUCCUGCCUUUGGCACUUACUGCAAGUGCAGCUCUUAUAGAUAUUCCGUCUGUUGAUGCUGCUGUUGCUGCGGCACUCAAAGACUAUGGAAACUAUGAGGCCUACACUGGCCCUCAAAAGAAGGUCCCGGCUAAAGCAAAGGUCGUUGAAGAAAGCGCGUUGCUCGCCAGCAGCUCAUCCUUUUGGUUGGAAUCCAUAAGCCAUCAGGGUGUCUCUGCCUUUGGAGCUUCUGGGUAUCAAGUCUUUCGCAAUGUCAAAGACUUUGGUGCGAAAGGUGAUGGUGUUACCGAUGAUACUGCAGCCAUCAACGCAGCAAUUAGCAGUGGUGGCAGGUGUGGACAGGGCUGUGCAUCUGAUACAACAACUCCAGCCUUGGUCUACUUCCCUGCCGGCACCUACUUGAUUUCGUAUCCAAUCUUUGACUACUAUUACACGCAGAUCAUUGGAGAUCCCACAAACAUGCCUGUGAUCAAGGCAACAUCCGGAUUCCAAGGCGGAUACCUUAUUGAUGCUGACCCUUAUUUCACUUCGGAUCUCAACUGGGGAUCUACCGUUGUGUUCUUCCGACAAAUUAGAAAUCUCGUUUUGGAUCUUCGCAAUAUUCCCACAGGGAACACUGUGAGUGGCAUCCACUGGCCAACAGCCCAGGCAACUAGUCUUCAGAACAUGGUCUUCCAGAUGAGUUCGGCUUCUGGCACAAAACAUCAGGGUAUUUUCUGUGAAAGCGGAUCUGCUGGAUAUAUGGGUGAUCUCAUUUUCAAUGGCGGAAACAUCGGCGCAGCACUCGGUAACCAACAAUUCACCAUGAGAAAUUUGACAUUCAACAAUGCAGUCACUGCUAUCAGCCACUACUGGGACUGGGGCUGGACCUAUAAGAACAUCCAUAUCAAUAACUGUCAGGUCGGCAUCGAUAUCACCUCCGGAGGUCAUGGUCAACAGAGCGUUAGCUCUAUUACCUUAUUGGACAGCUUCAUCACUAACACUCCAGUGGGCAUCGUCACUGUCCAUGACUCUACCUCUCAGCCUCCGACAGCUGGAAGCGUUGUUCUUGAGAACGUGUCUGUUCAAAAUGUCCCCGUCAUUGUACAAGGCCCGGGCCAGACAACUGUUCUCGCUGGCGGAAACGUUCUAGUCAAUGCCUGGGGACAAGGUCACAGUUACACUCCUAACGGGCCCCAAACCCUCCAGGGCACUUUCACACCCAACUCUCGUCCAGCGUCGCUUCUUCAAGGACAACAGUUCUAUGAGCGCUCCAAGCCCCAGUAUAGCACGUUGAGUGCAUCUUCAUUCAGCAGCACCCGAAGCGGCGGUGCAAAGGGUGACGGAAAGACAGAUGACACAGCAGCUCUGCAAAAUAUCAUCAAUGCCGCUGCAUCCUCUGGCAAGAUCGUUUACUUCGAUGCUGGUACGUACCUGGUGACCAGCACUCUCAAGAUUCCGGCGGGCUCCAAAAUUGUCGGUGAAGCCUACCCAGUAAUCAUGUCGAGUGGGAGCUUUUUCAACAAUAUGGGCAGUCCUCAGCCUGUCGUUCGAGUUGGCGCUUCUGGUGACAGUGGCCAAGUAGAAUGGUCAGAUAUGAUUGUCAGCACACAAGGCGCACAGGCAGGGGCUGUUCUCAUUGAGUGGAAUCUUGCUUCUUCAUCUGGCAGCCCAUCUGGAAUGUGGGAUGUGCAUGUGAGAGUUGGAGGGUUUGCAGGCUCUAAGCUUCAGGCUGCGCAAUGUACUGCGACGCCAGGCACAGCUACCACGACCGCAAAUCCCAAUUGCAUUGCUGCAUUUAUGCUCAUGCAUAUCACAUCAUCCGCCACCGGAUUAUAUAUGGAAAAUAACUGGCUUUGGGUUGCUGAUCAUGAUCUUGACGGAAAUGGUCAGCUCACGAUCUACAGCGGUCGCGGCUUGAACAUUGAGAGUACUCAGGGAAAUAUCUGGCUCUCGGGCACUGCGGUGGAACACAACGUGCUGUAUCAGUAUCAGCUUGCUUCAACCAAGAACAUCUACAUGGCCCAGAUACAAACCGAAUCAGCAUACUACCAACCAAACCCCCUCGCCACGACUCCAUUCCCGGUCGUCUCGUCUAUCCACGAUCCCAACUUUACAACAUCCUGUGCUGGCAAAGGCAAGUAUUGCGCUGAGGGCUGGGGUCUGCGGGUUUUGGAUUCAACUGGGAUCUUCGUCUAUGGAGCGGGACUAUACUCUUUCUUCGACAACAAUGAUGCCUCAUGCUCGGCCCAAGACUCUGGAAGAAGUUGCCAGAACUCAAUCUUUAGCCUGGAGGGCUCUUCGUCAAUCUCCAUCUACAAUCUCAACACAGUAGGAUCAGCCAGUAUGGUUGAUAUCAAUGGUGUUAGUGUUGCUAACGAGGCGGACAACCUGAAUGUUUUCAAUGAGAAUAUCGCACUCUUCAGAAAAUGA